AAGACGGCGAUGGUGUCCUUAGGAGAUGUAUUUCCACCUCAGCUCAGCCGCUACCACAAACACGGCCUCCCCGUGACGUAGCGGAGGCGACGCGGAAGACGGCAUCGCGUCACGUGACACAAACCGGUAGCGACGUUCCUUCGGUUAUCUGAUAUUAUAUUAACCAAGUCAGCUAUUGAAAAGCGUUGGUCCUAAUGCUUCCAGCAGCUGCGGUAUUUCACUUUCCAUGGGAGGUGAAGUCGGGGAGAGUGGCCGAAGGAACAUCUUUGCGAACUUUUGGCAGGUUAACCAGCUAUGAGUCAGGGGAAUCCAGGGCGACGCUGUCGUCUCACAACGCUUCGGAGGAGCACACGGUCACCGUCCAAACUCAGUUUGUGGAGCCUUUCAAUCCCAUUAUGGGCGCGCACUACCUGGUGCUGGGUGAGGUGGAAGAAGUUGAGGGAGUUGGAGUUGUGGUCCAAGCCCGCGUGCUCAACUGUGUUGAUGGUGUAAACGUCGCUCUUCUUCAAAAAGCCAUCACUGAACAGAGAGCUUUCUUUGAGGAGAGGGAAGAAAGAAAAGAAAAAUCUGUUAAGAAAUGCAAACUUGAUGAUGGUUAAACAGAUAUUUCAGUGACUUUUGAUACCGAAGCGAUCAAUGAUCAAUGAGUGACUGCGGCAUUCUGAGAGUACCUUCAAUAAAGAUU